AUGAUGGAGGAUGCCGAUGCUUCCAACCUCGCUACCAUAGAGGUCCUCAUGGAGCUCCUGGUCAACCUAGUCAGGGGCGAGUACGAUGGAAUGCCUGGUUGCUUUUCUGCCUUCCCCGUCACUGUCAUCCUGGGGGUCUCGGGUGUGAGUGCAUCGGACGGUGGGGUAAUGGACCUCGUCAGGCAGAUGGAUGAAGUGUUGCUCGUGGAUGAGAUCCUCUUGCUUGACAGUACAGCAGUGUUCGAAGGCUUCAUGGACGUUAUAGAAAUUCAGAUGCCAGCCCUAGGCUUCCCUCUGAUAGCAUCUAAGCAGACAGUGGCAAUACUACGAGAUAUGUUCAUGAACUCCAGGAUGUGCAACGAGGACGUUAUGCGAGCCAUCUGCUUCAUCGUGCGGGAUUACUUCGACUGCAACCCGUGGUCUGUGCUCUGCGACCCUCUAGUGGUCACUAGGGCUGCUGGUGAUGCCAAGAAACUAUCAUCUGCAUUUGCGUCGAGGCUAGCGGGACUGAGUAAGAUGGCGAGAGAGGCCCUGGCGGUCCAUUUGAAAAAGGAAGGCUGUAGAGGCUACACCAAAGCAGAUGGUUGCCUCGACGAGGCCAAGGCUAGCAAGCAUCUCGGAACCCUCUUGGGGCAGAGGAGUAAGGUGGCUGCCUUGGCUUUGUUCUGGGAUGCCCUGGCACGGACCACUGCGAAGAAGCAUACCGACAAGUCUGCUCGGCUCGAGCCCUACCUGUUCCCUGAAGAUGAAGUCGGCUUGCGUAACGACAUCGAGCGGAUGUGCAUUGCCGUUGAGAAGCUAUCUGGUAUGAGCACAGUGACGUUCAAGAGUUGUGUCGAGAGGACGGCCUCGUUGGAGAAGUCCUCACGGAUCUUGCCUCCUGAGUGUCUCGAUGGUCAUCAUGGGACCGAGUUGGGAGAUAUCAUCAUGUUCCUCAAGAGCCUGCAGAAUAAAGUGGCCCCCCAUGGCAGUGCCUUCCCACAGGCUUCCACAGUACUAACAAAGCAUGUCAGCGACCUCGUCACUUUUAUUCGACAAACGCUGGGAGCAGCGGUGAUAUCAACGGAUUUGCUCCCUCUGCGAGCUGCAGCGUGCGAAUGGGACAAGUCGGGAGAACUCUCUGAUGCAUGCCUGAACGUGCUAGAUGUGGAUGUGUUCUUUGACGCUUUGGGGGAAGCGGACGCCAUUGUGGAUGGAGAGGAUCGGGAGAGGUCCAUCUCGGAGGUCCCUCGAGACUCGAGUGGAAAACUCCCCCCUGGGUAUAGCGAGAAGCUAAGCGACCUCACCAUAGUAUACCGCCAGUAUUUGCAGCAUGCACGGACGAUUGACCUGGAAGACCUUUGGACCAGCUUCUGUGAGAAGGUGAAAGACGUCGAGGAUCCCGCCCCGAGCUCGGAGGAUAUGAAGGUUCGGUUCGGAAUGUGCCUUUGUACGUUGGAGUUCCUCGGUGUGAUCCAACCCCCUAGUCGGGGUUCGCUGAUGAAGGGCCAAGACCCCAGCCGCUUUUUCAAGGGCUUGCGAGUGAAGAAGUUGUACUUUGUUGACCCCCAAAACAGUACAAAGAAAGCUGCUACUGAAGAUGUAAUUAUGGAAGACGGCGAAGGCGAGAAUGAAGGCGACGAUCGAGGGACGAAGCCCAAUGCCAGCAGUAAGAAGCGAGCUGCUUCAGCAAAGAAGGCGACGCCUAGGAGUACUGCUAAGCGCGGUAGAGCCUCAAGAAUCCUCUAUCUCUAGACCAAUGCA